GUCCGGCGAGCCGCGGCGCCCGGUACUCGAGUCAUCGCGGUCGCCCAAGGCCGGGCCCUGGGGCGGGGGCUGCAGCAGGCGGCGCCGGCGGAGGGAGCGCCCCCGGGGGCGCGGUUCAGCGAGCUGCCUCCGGCCUGACGAUGCCAGUAUGGACAGAAUAGCUUAUGAUGCUUAUCCCCGCUCACCAUUUCCGAGACAUUGAGCGGAAACCAGAAUACCUCCAGCCAGAGAAGUGCAUCCCGCCUCCCUACCCUGGUCCUGCGGGAACCAUGUGGUUUAUCCGCGAUGGCUGUGGCAUCGCCUGUGCCAUUGUCACCUGGUUUCUGGUCCUAUAUGCGGAGUUUGUAGUCCUCUUUGUCAUGCUGAUUCCAUCACGAGACUACGUGUACAGCAUCAUCAAUGGAAUUGUGUUCAACCUGCUGGCCUUUUUGGCCCUGGCCUCCCACUGCCGGGCCAUGCUGACGGACCCCGGGGCGGUACCCAAAGGAAAUGCCACUAAAGAGUUCAUUGAGAGCCUUCAACUGAAGCCGGGGCAGGUGGUGUACAAGUGUCCCAAGUGCUGCAGCAUCAAGCCCGACCGAGCCCACCACUGCAGUGUUUGCAAGCGGUGCAUUCGGAAGAUGGACCAUCACUGUCCCUGGGUCAACAACUGUGUCGGCGAGAACAACCAGAAGUACUUCGUCCUGUUUACAAUGUACAUAGCUCUCAUUUCCUUGCACGCCCUCAUCAUGGUGGGAUUCCACUUCCUACAUUGCUUUGAAGAAGACUGGACAAAGUGCAGCUCCUUCUCACCACCCACCACAGUUAUCCUGCUCAUCCUGCUGUGCUUUGAGGCACUGCUCUUCCUCAUUUUCACGUCAGUGAUGUUUGGAACCCAGGUGCACUCCAUCUGCACAGAUGAGACGGGCAUUGAGCGCCUCCAGCGAAAGAAACAUCCCAGGGAGCACUCACACAGCUGGAAGUCAUUCCAGGAGGCAUUUGGUGGGGACUUUUCCCUGAACUGGUUCAACCCUUUCACCCGACCUUGUCAACCAGAGACACCCAUUGACAAGGGCUUGGUGAGGCAGGUGUCAACUGUGUCAGACGUGGACAACAUGGAAACAAUUCAGAGCCAAUUGGAAGAGAUCAAAAAUGAGGACUCGGUGGAAGUGCUGGAUGAAUAGAGGCUAUGGGACAGCCAGACACCAACAGUGACCACCGGCCUUCAUCCUAGGGUUUGGUGAACUCUCCUCAGCUCCCUGGUGCUUCCCCAGGCUACUGCCUUGAUGUUGCCAUCUCUGUCACUCCUCCCUCUCUCCAGUUGGGUCACUGGUAAUGGAGGUGACUGCAGAGGAGAAUGGGGACUUUCUCUGAGUUCACCUAAGCAGAGUCUGCCAAGAGGGAUGGUCAGGACCCAUUCUUCAGGGCCAUGGAGGCUGCCUAGCCUCUGCCUAGCAAGACACAUGGUGACCAGGGUGUCCCAGGAGAAAGAAAGCUAUUUCUGCUUCCUGUGUGUUGUCUUACAGGGCCCUGGAGAGGGACACUGACAUCAGGGAAGACCAACAUGGAAGGCUAUUGAUGAUGCAACUCCAGCCAUUCCAUAGAGAAGGGCUUCCUUAAUGGACUGCCCGCAGGAAUCAGAACAGAGGUGGGACUUCAGGGAUUGGGCUUGGUUAAGAGGACCCUACACACCUGUAUGGACACAACACACCUGCAUGGACACGCACACAUGCAGAACCUGUGCAGGCUGGAAGUGAGCCCUAGUUAUUACAGUAACACCAAAAAUUAAUUCUCAUCACAUGGACACUAGACUCUUCUCUGAGACAGCAUAGAGCUGAACUGUCUGUGGCCACAGGACAACUAGGGAAGACCUAUGUUGAACUCCUGGAGUCUCUCCAGCCUCUUCCGUAAGAACUUCAGCUAGCGAGUCCAGUAACAUGGGGACAGAAGCAACCAGAAAUGUCACCUGCGUGUUCUAGAGCAGCUCCCAAGAUAGUACCUCUCGCCUCUGAGAACUGGGUGACAGCCAGGGUCUGCAGACUGACAAGCCAAGAAGAUACCCAGACACUACUGUCCCAGGAUGAGCAUGGGUUGUCUGGUCAUUGCCAGUAGUCUGGGCAUCUCCUGUGCUCCCCGGUGGUCACAGGAGAAGCAGCAGCUCUGUAGUCUAACCAGUCAGAUAGUCUCAAGGAGCAUAGUCAUCUCCCCCUCAGGCCUCCUGGAUCCAUUUCCCCAGUAUCGCUGGCACCCAUCGUGGCAGAGGACUCAGAUAUGGCAGAACCUUCUUAAGCAGGUCUUUGUGUCACAGCCCCUCCCAGCUCUAGGUGAAAGGUCUUGAGUCCUGGGCCAAAGGAACCUGUGGUCCUGAUGACAUGAUGAAGUAUUGGUAUUUGAGAUACUGCCUGUCUCCAGAUGCUGAGAAGGGAAAGCUGUGGAGAGCCAAGUGGUGGCCUCAUUCUUGGGCAGCAUCCUAAGAGUCCCUGCAGGGUAGAUCUCUGUCAGAGAGCUCCUCUGCAGAAGCCCCAUGCAGGUGGCAGCUGCACUAACAGAAAGAUGCAGCCUGCUCCACCUGCUGCAUGUGCACUUCCUCUGUACAGCCUUCUAUAACAUUUACUAGUGCCACCUUGAGGAUCCCAAGUUGGGCCUAAAGUUGGCAGAGCCACCUGUCAUGUGGCUGCAGGGGCCCUACCUCUGAGCAGACCUGGAUGACCGGUGUGCUAGGUCAUAUACCAGACACUCCAUGCCAGAGAAAAGCAGGGCUGCUGCAAGCUUCACCAGAAAACAGGUAGUUCCCAGCCCACAGCCAAUGGUUUCCGAAGUGUUUUCUAGGAAGGUUGAGGUAGGCAGGCAUUUUGCCUCCACAAGCUCAGACCUAUCCCUUCUUCCUCACCACCUCCACCACCAUGCUAGACCUCAGCCACAUCUGUCUUUACUAUGGGAGGUACUGGAUAGUCAGAAUCAUGUUUGUAGUAGCCUUUCCAGCCCUGGGCCUGCACACCAGUGCACAGUGACCUCUCCACAGUGACUCCUGACAUGUUCUGUCAGCUUCAGACUAACAACACUGCAACUGGUAAAACAGGACCCAGUGUUCCAGGGAGGGAUCUGGGUAUAUAACUGCCUCUUGCUUUGAAUAAAAGCUCUUUGCUCUA